AUGUCGACCGCCGCCGACCUUUGCCCCGCUUACGCCCCCUUCUUCGGUGCCAUGGGCGCCACCGCCGCCAUCGUCUUCACCUCGAUGGGCGCUGCCUACGGUACCGCCAAGUCUGGUGUCGGAGUCUCGGCCAUGGCUGUCCUUCGUCCUGACCUGAUGAUGCAGGGUGUCAUUCCCGUCGUCAUGGCUGGUAUUCUUGCCAUUUACGGUCUCGUCGUGUCUGUCCUGAUCGCUGGUGGCCUCAAGUCGCCCAUGCCCCUCUUCACCGGCUUUGUUCAGCUCGGUGCUGGUCUCUCUGUCGGUCUUGCCGGUCUCGCUGCCGGUUUCGCCAUUGGAGUUGUCGGUGACGCCGGUGUCCGUGGAUUCGCUCAGCAGCCUCGUCUCUUCGUCGGAAUGGUUCUUAUUCUCAUUUUCGCCGAAGUCCUGGGUCUCUACGGUCUCAUUGUCGCUCUUAUCCUCAACACUGGUUCGGUGCCCACCACCUACGAGUGCCCGGCGCCCAAGUUUUAA